AUGGAGAUGCAAGUGGGACAGAUUACUAGCGAACUGAAGAACUGGCUACAAGGAGUGCUGCCUAGCAACACGGGAACUCUGGGAAGUUAUGCAUUAUGCGACCUUGGAGCAAGCAUUAACCUCAUGCCCCUUUCAAUUAUCAAGAAACUAGGAAUUGAUGAAGCACAACCAGCUUCUGUAAUGCUUCAGCUCGCUGACAGGAUGAUCACCUAUCCUGAAGGAAAGAUUGAAGAUAUUUUGAUGAAAGUUGACAAAUUUAUAUUCCAAGUAGAUUUCAUUAUACUAGAUUAUGAAGCUGAUCGGGAUGUUCCAAUCAUCCUUGGACGCUCAUUCCUUGGCACUAGGAAGGUAUUGAUAGACGUGCACAAGAGGGAGCUUACUAUGCGCGUGGACAACCAGGAAGUUAAAUUUAAUGUGCUGAACGCAUUAAAGUUCCCAGAUGAAGAACAAUGUCAACCUAAUAGUCCAAUUGAGUUGCCAGAAGAAGAAGAAAUGGACUAA